GUGGCAGCCUGCUGAAGUCACGCCUGCCGAGUCGCAGGUGGGCGGACAGACGGUCCAGAGCUUCAAUGCGCGAGGGCUGCGUGCGGAGGCGCCCCUUGCCAUGUGGCCCACAGCGGCUGGUGUGGGCAUGCUGGUCAUGAUGCUGCUGGGCGCCCUGCUCAUUGGCUACUGCGUGCAGGUUGGACGGCGAAAGCAAGAAGAGGUUGCCAGAAUCAGAAAGCCGGAUGUGCUUCAGGAGACCAGUCCUGCCGACAAGGUCGAGAAGCAGGCCGAGAUCGGGCAAGUGCUCGAUUGUGCGCUCUCCAGGCCGUCCUCCCGUGGCUCACGAGUCGGAACGGCCUGGUCACCGACGCGGCCAUGCACAGCACCGGAGCGCAGGGCAGGAACCGGUCGGCCGACGAGCGCGUGCUCUAAAGCUUCCCAGGAUGGAGGGCUCCCACGAAGCCGACAGGUCCGCACGGUCUUGGAGUCUGAGAUCAUGGACGACGAGUUCGAGUGGGCGCGCCCUGCUACGGACAUUUUGUCAUCUCGGCUUCCCGAGGGCCGUUUUACCGUGGAGGACCUUUGCACGGUUUACUUGCAGAGGCAGAAGCCGCGGCCAUUCACAAGUCCAGAAGUGCCGAGGAAGCCUGCGGCUAUUCGGAUGGAAGAUCUACGAGAUGCCACGGCUGCUGCCAUCUUUGUUGCGGAGGAGCGCGAGGCUCUCAACAGCCCAUCCAAUGUCCAGAAGCUCAGCAGGUCCCGGCGGCAUCAGGACGUCCCGCACAAGGAAGUCUGGGCCAACACCUGCCAGUCCAAUCUCCUUUUCGAGGUGUGGAGACCGCCAGAUUUGGUCAAGGACUGGGAGUGGGAGCUGCCGGCGCCGGCCUCGCUACCCGCUGGUGCCGCCAGGGUGAAGCCGGGGCGCUUGAAGCGUUCUUGGACUUUCAGUUCCGAGCAAUGGAUGCCUACAUCCACGAGAGGCGAUGAGCCACCACCCCGCACCGCCACUGCAGGGAUCAGGCCGGAGCCUGCGCAAAGUGCGUGGCUCUCUGACAACGGGGAGUUUGUGCGGCCAACGCCUUUGAAGGCACGCAUUCGCAUGGAAGCUCCGGUCCCGUCGCCGUCGCCACCUGCCACGUUUCACCAACGUGCAGCUACGGCCGCGGCAUGGGUGUUCGGCAGACGCCAGGUCCCAGAGCCUGUCAAUACCCUGAGCCAGGACCAGGACCCAGAAGCUCAGGCGGACCUGCUGGUGACUGAAAUGCGGGAGCAACUGAAGCACACCUGCAAAGAGCCGCUUCAGGUGCGAAAAUUGAUUUUCCGCGAUUUGCAACGGCAACUUCACCCGGACAAAAACACGGAAUGCGAGGAGGCUGCCAAGCACGCCUUCCAGAAGCUAAUGGAGGAGCGCAGGGCAUACCUUGGUACCGAGCCGGCCGGGUUCGGGCAGGCAAGUGAAUCAAACAAGUGA